AAAAGCGCUGCGUGCCGGCCGUUCCGUGCUCGAAGCGGCGGCACAGUGCAUGCUGAGGCUGCCCGCAUGGCGGCGCGCGCGCGCGACGAAUGCACGGUCAACGAUGAAGACGCAUGCGCCACCAUUAGGCUGCGGCUCGUCGGCGUCACGCGAAGCGAGGUGCAGGUGGCCUGCGCGCCGCGGUGCGUCGAAGUGCGCGUCGGCGGCGCCAAGCCGCGGGUCUUCGUGAUUGAUCUGCCGGGCGACGUUGCGGACAACCCGGUGUGCGCGUUCCGUGACGGCGACGACAGCGCAAUAGCGCUCCGCAUCACGGUCGCGAAGGUGCAAUCGGGCUCGUGGACGGAAAGCAUCCGCGUGCGGCGGCGGCGCGUCCGGGAGUCCCCCGCGGCGCGGGCCGGCGAGGUGAGCGAGCCGGCGCCGCGCCGGCCCGUCGAAGACGCUUCUCCGAGCGACGCCGAACUCAUCCGGCGGCUCGUGGACCUGCUCAGCGGCCCCGUUCCACCGCCGCCGCCGCGCCGCACCGGACUGCUCGGGCGCCUGCGAAGCGCGGUACGGCGCGUGGUCGAUGCCGCUUGCAGCGUAUUUGCGCGUUUCGGCCGCGCGUGGACGCGGAUCGGCUGGCGACCCGCAGCGGCUGCCCCGAGGACCCGCGCCAUUUCGCGACCGCCGGCGCUGCUCCUGGCGCUGCCCGAGGACCUCCUCGUGGUGGCGCUCGCGCGAUGCCCCCUGCGCGACCACGCGGCCCUCGCGCGGACGUGCCACGACUUUCGCCGCAUCGUCGUCGCGCCUACCUUUGCGCGGACGCGCCGGCGCCUCGGCGUCGCCGAGGUGGUCGUGGCGAUUUCCGGCGGGCGCGACCGACCCCUGCGUUGGUCGCGCACCAGCGCUGAUACGUCCGCGGGGGCACUGUACUACACGAACGGCUCUCGGCGCGCUCUUGCCGACCUGCCGGCGCGGCGGUAUGGAGCGAUCGCUGGUUUCAUCGGCGCGGAGCUGGUCGUCGUCGGCGGUUUCCUCGAGGACAACAGAAGCACAAACUCGUGCGUCUCGCGGAACCUGCGCCUGGACGCGCCCACGACAGAGUGGCGACGGUUCCCGGCGACGGCGUCGCCGCGCGGCAACUGCGCCGGCGGUGUGGUCCAUGCGCCGGGCCCGCGCCUCGUGGUGGCCGGCGGGGUCGGCCAGGCGAAGCAGUUGCGGCAGGGAAGCCUCACAGCGCCGCAUAAUGUCGUCGAAGCCUUCGACCCGGCGACUCGGCGGUGGUCGCGCCGAACCCCCAUGCCGGUACCCGUCUGCGCCGCCGCGUCCGCGGCCGACGGCCACCGCUUGUUUGUUGUUGGCGGUCAGAUGGAGGAGCGGUUCACGGCAUGCGGAAUACUCCAGAUCUACGACGCGCGCGCGGACACGUGGAGUCUUGGCGCGCCGCUGCCGGUGCCGACCUGGGGCGCGAGUGCCACCGUCAUCAACGGUCGAUUGGUCGUGGCGGGCGGCUGGCUCGCCGACGGCGCGCGCACACAGGCGAGUCGUUUAUGUUGGAUCUACAACCCCAGUGUCGACGCUUGGAGCCAAAUGCCACCACUGAGUGAUCCGGCGGCGAUGUACACCCCCCUGCCCACGGCGAUUGCCCCCGACACGCCCUACAAUCGGCUCGUGCGGGCCGAGCUCGACCGCGCGGCGGCGGACGUGGCGGCCAACGAGCCCCGGCCCGCGCCCGCGCCCGGGUUGUUUCACGUCACGACGCUGCCGUGGCUUUUGGACGAAGGGGGUCGGCACCCCGAGCGAAUUUUCGAGAAAUCGGAUUUCCGGCUCGCCGCGGCCGCGGCCGUCUCGGAGCUUUAGUUAAUUAUGUU